CGGUCUGUGUCACAGGUGGCGUCACCACCUUCGUGGCCCUCUAUGACUAUGAGUCCCGGACUGAAACCGACUUGUCCUUCAAGAAAGGAGAGCGCCUGCAAAUCGUCAACAACACGGAAGGUGACUGGUGGCUGGCUCAUUCCCUCACUACAGGACAGACGGGCUACAUCCCCAGUAACUAUGUCGCGCCCUCAGACUCCAUCCAGGCUGAAGAGUGGUAUUUUGGGAAGAUCACUCGCCGGGAGUCUGAGCGGCUGCUGCUCAACCCUGGAAACCAGCGCGGGGUUGCUCUCAGCCCCUCGGUUCUGCCCGCAGGUGCCUACUGCCUCUCUGUCUCCGACUUUGACAACGCCAAGGGGCUCAACGUGAAGCACUACAAGAUCCGCAAGCUGGACAGCGGCGGCUUCUACAUCACCUCCCGCACCCAGUUCAACAGCCUGCCGCAGCUGGUGGGCUAUUACCUAGAACAUGCCGACGGCUUGUGCCACCGUCUCACCAACAUCUGCCCCACGUCCAAGCCCCAAACCCAAGGUCUUGCCAAGGACGCCUGGGAAAUCCCCCGGGAAUCGCUGCGGCUGGAGGUCAAGCUGGGACAGGGCUGCUUCGGAGAGGUGUGGAUGGGGACCUGGAACGGCACCACGCGGGUGGCCAUCAAGACGCUGAAGCCCGGCACCAUGUCCCCGGAGGCGUUCCUGCAGGAAGCCCAGGUGAUGAAGAAGCUGCGGCACGAGAAGCUGGUGCCCGUUCCCCCUGCUGCCAGCUCUCCCCCACCAGUUGGCAUCAUCUGUGGGGGUUUCCUUAAAAACCAGCUGUUCCUGUACCCCAGCUGGGGUCUGGCUGUGGAGCUUCCCCCCCGCCAUGCUGGGCACCCCCACCAGCCUCGGUGCCCCAUGUCCUGGUCCCCACAGAUCGCGUCCGGCAUGGCCUACGUGGAGAGGAUGAACUACGUCCACCGGGACCUGCGAGCAGCCAACAUCCUCGUGGGGGAGAACCUGGUGUGCAAAGUGGCUGAUUUC